GGAGAGAGGAGGAAGAAAGGGAGGGAGAGAGGGAGAGAAGGGAGGGUGAGAGGGAGAGAGAGAUGGCUGUCCGGCCGAGUGUAAAGGGCACCAGUCUGUGCAUCGUUACUGGGGCGUCCCGGGGUCUGGGCCGGGCGCUGGCGCUGGGUUUAUCCGCCAGCCUGCAGCCCGGCUCCCAGCUGGUGGUGGCGGCCCGGUGCGGGGAAGCGCUGCGGGAGUUGCGGGACGGGGCGGCGGCGGCGGGGUCGGGGGUGGACGUCUGCCCGGUGCAGGCUGACCUGAGCGGGGACGCGGGGCUGCGGGAGGUGGUGCGGGCGGUGCAGCGGCAACAGCAACAACACGGAGCUCCGGACAGGCUGCUGAUCAUCAACAAUGCCGGUGAGUUAUUGAACCCUGACCCUACACUGCACCCUACAGGGCCCUUGGACAACAGCAUGCAUGAGCAGGCUCGGAAGGAGACGGGAGACCCCGAGUUGCGGAAGAUGUUCGUGGACAUGCACCGACAGGGACAGCUGCUCACCUGCCAGGAAUCGGCACGGAAGCUUCUGGAAAUCCUGGCAAAGGACGAGUUUGAAUCGGGAGCCCACAUCGACUACUUUGACCCGUAACCAGUGAUGGAAAUGGGUUUUAGGACUAGGGGUGCUCUAAGGUCCGUGAGGCUGAGGUUAGGAAGGAAGGGGGAUUUUUCAUGUGCGGUCAUGAUGACAUUCCGGGUCGAGACCCUUCUUCAGACUG